AUGGAACAAGAUGUCAUAAAUUUGAAAAACCAUACUACUCAAUAUAAAGUACUGAAAGAUGAAGAGAUAAAACAAAAAGCCCUGAAGACAUAUAUGGAUAGCGAUGAGUAUAAAAAAGAAGUUGAAGCAAAUGUAAAGGCAGAAAAACUUUUACAGUUGCAAAACCAAACCGUACAGUAUGAAAACUUAGCACAAGAAAGUAAAAAUAACGACGCGGCUAUGCAAAAGGCAAUGAAAAGCGCAGAAUAUAUAAAAGCUAACAAUGACUGGUUAGAUGCCCAAGCCAACGCUAAAGCAGCCCAACUCAUAGGGUCAAUAAGGACAAAAAUACAAGCGGAUGAAGAUAGUUCAAAUGAAGCUUUAACAAAUGCUGACUUUAAGAACGCCUUCGAAGCUCUUCAUAGUAAGGUGAAACUAGUGAACGACUUCUCAUCUGGAAAGAAACUGAAGUCUGAAGGUUUCGACAAAGAGUUAAAAGAAGUAGCACAAAAUAUGACGAAAAUAACAGAUGCAGCAACGAGACAGGCAGUUCAAAGUGCCUAUGACGCCGUUAGAGCAACUGUUGUGAAAAGUCAAGAAAAAGAGUUACAACAGACCAAAACAGACCUAGUAAAUGCUUUCUUAAAAACGAAAAGUCAGGUAGGACAUUACGCUGCAGAUGGAACAUAUGUGCCAGCUGGUGGAACUUAUAUACCACCAAACCCUCCAAGAGAAGCACCUGCACCAGGACUACCUAAAACAUUUACAUCGUCACAUGGACACAGACACAGGCAUGCACCAAAACCAACACAACAACCAACACAACAACCAACACAACAACCAGCACAACAACCAGCACAACAACCAACACAACAACCAACAGUUCAAA